GUCAAUGUCUCCUCUUUAGAAAUCUGUGCAAAAUUUUGCACACUUGCCAAAACAUAUGUCAUUGGAUAGUAUAAAUAUAUCUAGAAUUUCUAGACACUAAAAUUAGAAUCCAGGGUCCAAGUCAAUUAUCGGAUCAAUAUUGUUACCAUAACAAACUAGGGCUUAAUUUCAUUACAAGGAGAGACGCUCUUGCUGCCAGUGUCACUUUAUGUUGGACCAUAACUUUAUGUAAGGUUUUUUUCACCUGCUUACGUUAAAUUUGAAGCUGUAAUGUGACAUAAUCAUGACAACAGAUACAAUAGAAAAUCUGUCAAAAGGUAUGAGCAACUUUUUGGACAUACGUGGCUAUGACCAUCAAAGAAUUAAAGAAAGAAUUCAUCACUACAACAAAUGCUCCUUGGCAUCAGAUAUCGCAACAAAAUUUUUCCUUAACAAUCAUAACAUUGAGGAAAUAUUUGUAGGCAGUCUAUGCGAAGGUAUUGGAAUGUCAUGGUGUAAUGAUCUGGAUGUUCUACAUAUAAAUCACUCUGUAAUUUGCUGUAAGAACAGUACAUUUACAGAAAAUGACAAAGUGAUUUUCAAAAUGGAGCAAAUAAAGGCACCUGCAGGCUACACUUAUCUGAAACUAUUGAGUAAUGGUACUGAUCCUGCAACUUAUGAAAGUCUGGAGUAUGCUAUAGAUAAAAGAAAAAGUGAGAAAUAUCUUUCAAGUAAGCUUUUCGUGACAAAAGAAAAAUAUGCUUUCCAUUACAAGAAAGGUAGUCUCUUUCAUAAGAUUACAUAUUAUAAAAGCCAACAUGGCCCAGCCAUUCCCACACACUUUAAUUUGCAUUGGAUUUUAAAAAAAAUCCAUUCUUCCAUGAAUAUCAAUGACCUCAAAAUGGAUUUUGUCAGAGCUUUUCCUUGCCAACCAGAUGAUGAAAUUUUGGAUGCAUGGAAGAGCAGGGAUAGAAAAUGUGGUUGGCCAAGGCAAGAGACUAUAGCCCAUGUAAUGUCACUGCAAGUUUAUGUUGUUCCAGUAGGACAAAAAGGCAGCAGAAAUGAGGAUCUACAGUGGAGAAUAUCUUUCACUUUGGCAGAAACACACUUAAUCCAAGCCUUCAAUAACACCCAAACAAAGGUACUUGUCCUGAUGAAGCUGAUAGCAAAACACAUUUUGCAACCGCUGUGCAGUGAAAUCACUUCCUAUGUAGUGAAGACAGUAAUGCUAUGGCAAGCUGAAAGGAUGGAUCAGAAUGCAUUUUGUGUGGAGAACCUACUCUCAAGACUGAUGGAUGCACUUACUUCCCUAAAAUCAGCUGUAGAAAAUAAAAACCUUCCUAGUUACAUGAUACCACAAAAGAACCUGUUGGAAAAUAAAAUUGAUACUAAAGAACAAGGGUUAGUGCUCAGAAAACUGAAAGAGCUUGAAAGUAAUGGGCUAAUAAAGGUGAAAAAGUUAUUUUAUAGCUUGGACCUAUACCAUGCAGAAAUAACUGCAGAAAUAGAUGAAAUAUUUGUUAAAUUAUACAAUGCAAAUAGUGUGAACAAAGUGGAAAUCUGCAUAGUUUUGGCACUUACAACAGAAGAAUUGGUGAAUUAUUAUAGAAAAAUGUAUACAUGCAGGUCAUGGUAUCAUUAUUUCUAUCAUGAAAUUAUUACUCUCUCUUUACCAUAUUUUCUUAAAUAUGGCAAGCAAGUGCAUGAACUUCCAUAUUCCACUACAGAACAAGAAGAGGAGCAACCUGUGAACAAUGAGAGACAAGAAAGACUUGUCCAUGAAUAUGCAAUUUUAAAAGUGCUGGAGCAGUGGGACUCUGUAUGGGACAUAAUAGACUAUUUAUCUUUAUUUGCUUUAAGCUAUUCUUUUUUAAUUUUAAUCCUCCUACUGAUUAUGUUAAGCCAAUUGCCGAGCAGAUUUGUGACAUUAUCAGAUCAAGGACCAAUCAAUCCUAACUUAGCCACCACUAUUAUAAUAGACGAACCAACAUACCCACAUUGAAUGGUCUAACAUGAAGCAAACAAUAAUUUGUGCUAUAUCAAAAGAUUGAAGUAUGGAGCUAGAUUUUCAGUGCAAUAUUUUGAGCAAUGCCAAAUUAACAUAUGCAAGUAACAAUAAAAUCAUUAAAGAAAUAGAAUGAAAUAACCCCUGUGUGUCAAUUUCCUAGUCUCUUUAUAAAACAAGCCAUACCUAAUUAUCUUAUGACAUUUACUGCUAAUAUAGCUGAAUUUUUUAUAUUUCAAAUUAGUCUUAUCUUGAAUUGGACUAACAACAUCUGGUCUUACUUUGAAUUAUAAACUAUAUUUUAUACAUUUGAUGAAGUAUUUCAUCACGAUGAAAAUUAAAAGAAUUAACUUGAACUGUGUUGUGUCAUUUGUAAAUCAUACUUAACAAAGGGGAUACUAGAUGUCACAAUUACAAGAAAGGAACCUAUACUCUAGUAUCCCACGCAGUCAACCGAGGGUUUUUGUGUAGGGUGCUCACUAUGCCAGCGAGUCUGAUUCCCCUCAGGCUUAAGGCCCUGCCAGUAACCCUUGGCUACAGGUAUUUUUCAUAUCAGGUCUGUAAAUUUU